AUGAAGGAGAGACUGAAUGAGAUCAAUCCUCCAAAUACUCCAGAAUCGAAAAUGCAGAGGGGUUCUGGUGGGGCUGGUGGGGCUGGGUAUCAUCUAGGUACUAGUCCUAACCCUUCAUUAGAUUCUAGCCCUCGCUUGUCGAAAGCAACUUCUGUUGAUGUCGAUACAUUGAUUGUAAUGGGCCAAUCCCUGGUAGUUAAUGGUGAUAUUUCGACACGUAUCCUACAAUGGAUUGUAGCACCCACAUCUGGAACUCUAUGGAUUAAGGAUCCACAUGGCUUAGAACAGCCGGGCCAAAACACUCUCGUAUAG